GUAAAAGGCCAAUCACAGCGGCCUUUUACCACGUGAUCAGCCGUGUCCAAUGACACGCUGAUCACCGGGAAAUGCAAAUGCCGGUUCUCGGCUGCACUUUCCUCACGCUGUCAGAUCAACAGGGAUCGGCACCGAUCAUCAGGGUCACUGAUCAUCAGUGCCCUGAUGAUCGGUGCCCACCUGUGCCACACACAAGUUCCGCCCACUUGUGCCCAGCAAUGCGCCCACCUGUGCCCAGCAAUGCGCCCACCUAUGCCCAGCAGUGCGCCCACGUGUGCCCAGCAGUGCGCCCACUUAUGCCCAGCAGUGCGCCCACCUGUGCC